AUGGCGCAAGUCACCCAAAGACAGCGAGGCCAGUGGCGGGCGCGUCGGGGUUGUGAUUUUGUUCUCGAAGGUGUCCCCAUGUAUGAUUCACCCGAUUUGAGUAGUGAAAGUAGUGACAGUGAGGAACCUCAGGGGGUCAUCACACGGGGCUUUCAAAGCGUUAAUCCAACUGAGCACGGCUACCCAGCCCGACAUGUAGCCACCUAUGCAACCAUGCAACCAACAACUGCAGUUUGGCACCCCAACGCAGGCUGGCAAAAAGCACUUUUGCAGCAGAGGCUGUAUGAAGGGCAGCUACAGCAGCAGGAAUUGCUUCGCGCCGAGCAGCCGAGACACCAGCAACAAGUUGCCCGCAACCGCUACGGCGCACGCGAACCCCGCCGACUCCCUGGUUUAAAUCCUGAAGGCAGAGAGAGCCCCGUAAUGCCCAAGCAGUGCCAGUUAGUUGAUGAUGUCGACUACGUGAAGUACUUCUCGGAGGAGGCCAAGACCGGGUUGUUCACCAUGUCCUCGGCUUUUAACGUCCGUUCCCUCGGUGCCGUAGCUUCACACUCUCAAGGCGCACGCAACUUGCGCUCCGGUCAGCAACAGGUGCAGUGCCUUGACAACUCCUCCAACGGCGACAAAAGCACUGCAGAUUAUUACAUACUUGGGGAAAGUGGUGGUGGAAGUUAUGUAGAAACCCAGCAAACGGUAAACGGUGGCGAGAGCCGACAACUUGAGACUCGCGGCAUACAAACCACCAGUGGGUGUUCACCGAGAAAUGAGGGUGUGCAUUAUUUGAGUAAUGAAUUCAACUCAACUGGAGCAUUGAAUCUCUACGCCAUCGACCUAGACAACAGCGGCAUCUACACACCAGCAACAUGCGGUAGUGUUGAUAGAGCUGCCGCAUCUCUCGAGAGGCGUUGCAACAGUGAUAUGUCACAAUCCAACCGGACGUCCGUAAACACCAGCUCCACAGGGGGUUGGACGACAGCGUCAACAGCUACCAUUUCGCAGUAUAGAAAUGUGGUUGCGGGGGAAUCCGGGCACACUCACUUUUGCAACACUGAUUAUAACUUUGCGCCAUCCGGAAUGUGGCGGAGCAACUCCAGCACAUUCCGCGGUGUUUGUCUUCACAUUGAGCCGACCUCGCCCUCUGCUCCUCCUCACACGAACGCAAAUUGGAGGGAUGAUAACGAAGGCUGCAAAAUGAGCGUUUCUCCAUUUUUAGCGGAGUCGAGGAACUCACUACUCGGUGGACAAAACUUUCAACACCUUUUAUACAAGCAAGAAGACCCACAAGUUGAUGAAAGGUAUGAUAAUGCAAUAUCUGACCAUCCAAUGCCACGGGAGUACUGCUACAUGGAGAGUUACUUGACGGACCCGAAGGCGCCCAUUCAGGCGAAACCGGAUAAAGUCCGGCCUCCCGUUUUAUCGGAUGAAAUAACCGGGAGGGGUGAAACGCGUGCAAGCGGAAAGCUGUCGACUCGAUUGUCUCCCGUCCGCGGUUUCUGCUACGGGGUAUAA